AUGUAAGACGAUUUUGUUUAUCAUCCUGAGAUCAUGAAAUCAUAACUAAGUAUGCUGCCUCCUAUUGAAUAACUCACUUUGUAAUAGUUAGCUAAUAAACGAAAAAUAAAUUUCAACAUGAUGCUCUCAUUGCCGUUUCUACUGAAAGACAAAGCUUUAGAAGAUAGGAAAGAUACUAUUGCCAUCUAUAGAAAACAUAAAUUUGAGCCAUUGAAGCCUUAAAAACACAAAGUGACUUUGAUAAACAGUGGUCGCAUUCACUGUCCUGAGUUCUGGUCAGAUAAAUAUCAGAGCACUGCCUUACGUGGUUCUCAUAUAGAUAGAAAUCUAGACAAGUACAGACAGAUCAUUAAAAAUAACAUCUAAGAUUAUUUGGUUAAAUUUGAGAUGCAAGCUAAAGAAUAAUUGGAAGAAUCAAAAAAAAUUAAAUAUUAAGAAAUCUUUAAAAAGCAAUGUUCCAUCUCUGAUGAAGAAUGUGCCCCAUCAAAUAAUGAGUUAAAUCUUAGUCAAUGCACCCAAGAUGAAAUUAUUAACUACUAUAGAGAUGUUAAAAGGCAAGAUUCUGCCAAAAAGACAAGCUUGAGAAAUCUUGAUAAGAUUACUUGCAGUAGUGUUAAAUAGAGUUUUAUUGAAAAGUUCGACAAAGUCAUUACUACUUGCGAUCGCAAUUCUAUUCCAUCCAAUAGAAAUUCCUUGGAUAGCAUAAACACUUGCGGAUAUAGGAAUAUUAAAUAAAGAAAUAGACAUGUUGUUGGCAGCAAGACAUGCAGAAGUCAUUAUAAUUGA